AUGGCUUCCAAACCCCACAUGACGCCCGACACUAAGUGUCGUAUUGCGAGACCAGCUCUGGGUGCUGAUAGAUCGGUCAUGAUGCGGGCGAAGAGAGAAGAGUACGUGGCCCAGAUGGUCCUCGAUCCAUCUUUGAGGAGUAUAGCCAGAACUGACAACCCCAUCGGGAUUCCCCUUACGGCAUUCACCUUGGUGACCGUUCCCGAGGAUUCGAUGCUGUCCGUCUAUCUGCGGAGCAGGGAAGCAGUCGACACGAGCAUAGAGACGAGGAUGUCAUCCCACGAGGGACGUCCCAGCUCUUCCUGCGGAAAUUCAGACCCGACCGGGCAAUCACCCCAGCGGCUCCAUGACAAUGACGACGCCGCGAUCGUCAAAGACGGGGUAACCGGAAAAGAACAAUCUGCCAGCAACAGCAGCGUGGAACUGGAGCUCGACAAGUUCAUGGCCACGCUGACAGCUACGGUGACUCCCGACGCCGUCAUCAGAACGAUUACCUCCACCAAAGGUACAAAGCUUCAGGCGACGCGUGAGACGUCACAAACUAAGACCUAA